AUGGUUAAGCGAAGCAAUAGUGAUCAUGCGUUGUCUUCUAAAGAUGCUCUUGAGAGGUCCCAGCAGAGGAGAUUGCGACGCCUGAAGAUCAAUAUUCUCGCAGCUAGGCAGGAGACAACUCAGAUGCGUGCUUUGUCGGCCACCGAAGAAGCAACAGAGAUCGCAAUUUGA